AAGAAGACGUCAAGUCAUCUCGGAAAAUCUACCGUACAUCUAUCGCAUACCAUUAUUUCGUUGAUUUAGCGUAUUCCAGGAAGUCCUGGCAUAAUAGGCUAGGUUAAGCCACGCCCCGCACCGACCAAGAGCAAGUGCUUUAAUCUUCCGUGUUCGAGGUUACACCUUAGACAAUUUCCAAUAAUUGAUCUCUUUAAUCUUCUUAUUCUCGCUAACCGGUUUUUCGUCUAUCGCCUCCGCCGAGAAAGCUGACAAGGAGCUAUUGCCCUCUGAUAUCUUUCUGUUUCGUCUAAGGAGGAGCCGAUUGAAACUUAAAAAAUGCAACAAGGAGAUUACAAUUCCUUCUAUAAAUACCCUCCUCACCUUCAAAACCCUAAUUCUAACCCCAUUCCCGAUCCUACUUUAAUUGAUCACCAACAGACUUCAUACGCAUCAGCACCGCCGUUCACCACUACUUACGCCGCCUCCUCCGAUUACCCUGCUUAUCCCCCCAAUUAUCCCCCCAAUCAUCAGAAUCCCGAUCCCGCCCGUCCGCCUACCGCUCCGUCAUACAGCCCACCGUCUCCGAGUCUUACGGCUACUACAGCAGCUCUGAAUUCUAAUAGUGUGCAAUCCUCCUUCAACACUCCACCACAACCUCCGCAACCUUCUUUCCCUCCUUUCGAUUCCCAGGGGCCCUGCCAGCCUCCAACCACUCAGCAAUCCUAUUACCCACCAUAUGAUCAGAAUCAGACGGCUCAUAGUUACUGUCCUCCCCCUCCUCUGCCUUUCUCAGUAGCACCUAAUCCUGACCCUAAUGCCAAUCCAUCAUAUUCCUCCACUUACGCUGCCCCACCUUAUAGUACUAUAGGAUCAUCGGUCCCACCUGCAUAUGAUCAUCUAUAUGAAAAUUCGCUGAAAUGUGAUCAAAGCGUUGGGUAUUUUGAUGAUAAUUACGGAGGUUACAAUCGGAGCGGAUCCGAUUUAGGGUCGGAUCCAUACGGGAAGCGACCAGACAGCAGGUACGAUAUGGGACCCUAUGAUGAGUAUGGUGAUGGUGUUUAUGCCUAUGAAGGGACCAAGGUGGAGCCGUAUGGAGCCAGGGGCACGGCACCUAAAUCAUCAACUUGGGUUGGGUUUGAUGAUUACGGGAGAGCCAUUAGUUUACCUUCUGAGAAGGACUUAUCAGUUGGUUCGGCUUCCAGCAAGAUUGUGCGAGCGGUACCAAAGGCAGAGACACAACAGGAUGUUAAGAGUGGGGUCCAGAAGUUCAGGGUUAAGCUGUUGCCUGAAAGCGGAGGCCAAGGCACCAUGGAUGUUCUUUGUCAGAUUGGUUUGGAUGGUAUCCGAAUGCUUGAUCCCAGUACCAAUCGGACUUUGAGAAUAUAUCCUCUUGAGAACAUAACAAGAUGUGAUGUAACUGAUUCAUCUACCUUUGCAUUCUGGUCCAAGAGUUCUGUGGAUAUUGAACCAAGACGUAUCAGAUUACAAUCAAAUAGCUACACUACCAACACACUUCUUGACAUAGUAACUGCAGCAACUGUGCAGCUCAAGGAGAUGGGUGGGAGCAGGAGGCCUACUGAAUCUUCAAAGACACUUGAGCAGCCCACAGAAAAGAAAAAAGGGUUUGUUGACUGGAUGAACUUGAUAAAACCUGGCAAUGAGGAGAAAGAUCAUUGGGUCCCUGAUGAAGCUGUUUCAAAGUGUACUGGGUGUGGGACAGAUUUUGGUGCUUUUGUUCGUAAGCAUCACUGCAGGAACUGUGGAGACAUUUUCUGUGACAAGUGUACCAAUGGUAGAAUUGCUCUUACUGCUGAUGAGAAUGCUCAGCCUGUUAGAGUUUGUGACAGAUGCAUGGCAGAAGUGACUCAGAGGCUGAGUAAUGCAAAGGAAGCACCUAGUAAACCUGCAGGAUUGCAGUCUCAUGAAGAUCUUGCAAGGAAGCUUCAGGAGGAAAUGGAAAAAAAUUGCAAGGUGUCAUCAGGAUCCAAGUCGGAUGGUUCUGGGAGGCAGAUGAGGGAAGUUGCCUGUCCUACUUGCACUGUUCAUUUGCAGGUUCAAGUACCCAGCUCAGGUUCCAAAACUAUUGAGUGCGGAGUCUGUCAACAUCCAUUCCUUGUCAGUGCACAUUGAUUUUGAAUAUACUUUGUGAGUAUUGAAGUCCCUGGAUUAAAAAUGCUUUUCUAAUUUGGUACAAGAUGAGGCUAUCCUAGUUCAGGGUAUCCCUGAAAUUGAUAUCUCUGACUGCGUCGAUGGUGUUGUAUAUGGUUUUAAUUUUUUGCUCAUUUUGAUUCACUACAUGUGUUAUGGAAAUGUUGAUUGGGGAUUUCCUAUAGAAUUGUGAUUUGAAGCAUGAGUUUGUAAUUUGUUUUUGCUUGUUUAUAAUGGAAUAAGAAGAUUAAUGAA